AUGGGGGAUUGGAACUUGUUGGGGAGUAUCUUAGAAGAGGUACAUAUUCAUUCAACCAUCGUGGGAAAAAUCUGGCUAACCAUCCUUUUUAUAUUCCGGAUGCUCGUUCUUGGUGUGGCAGCAGAGGAUGUUUGGGACGAUGAGCAGAGUGAGUUUGUGUGCAACACGGACCAGCCUGGGUGUAAGAACGUGUGCUACGAUGAUGCAUUCCCCAUUUCUCUUAUCCGAUACUGGGUGUUACAAAUCAUUUUCGUGUCCUCUCCCUCUCUGGUAUACAUGGGACAUGCACUGUACCGUUUGAGGGCCCUUGAAAAAGAGAGACACAAGAAAAAAGCCUUCCUGAAAGCGGAGCUAGAGGGCGCUGAGCCCGUUCACGAGGACAGACAGAGGAUAGAGAGGGAGCUGAGGAAGCUGGAGGAACAGAAGAGAGUAAGGAAAGCUCCACUCAGGGGCUCCUUGCUGCGCACAUAUGUUUUCCAUAUCUUGACGAGGUCAGUGGUGGAAGUUGGCUUCAUAGUGGGACAAUAUGUGCUGUACGGAGUUGGAUUGGAUCCUUUGUACAAAUGUGAGAGAUUGCCUUGCCCGAACAGUGUGGAUUGCUUUGUGUCCAGACCAACUGAGAAGAACAUUUUCAUGAUCUUCAUGCUCGUCAUCGCUGGGGUUUCUUUGUUCUUGAAUCUCCUGGAGAUAUUCCACCUGGGAGUGAAAAAAGUCAAGCAAAGUCUGUAUGGAAAUAAAGGUACAGAUGACGAAAGCUUAUUAGUGUUCAGGUCCAAGAAAAACUCCAUGGUCCAGCAGGUGUGUGUCCUCACAAACUCAUCACCCCAAAAGAUGAUGCAACUCACUCAGACGGCCUACACAAUGGUCCCUAACAGCCACGUGGAUGCUAUCCCCUUGUACCUGCAUUCGGUAGCUCCUCACAACGAUAGUGGCGGCACCAACGACUCAGAGCAGUACCUCAGACAGACUGAGCUCCAGUCCCUGCGACAGCUGAGGACUGUGGAGCACCACUACACCCUGGACCAGAGGAACCACUCAUGCAGCAGUGAUGACUCCAACGGGCCUAAAGGCUCAGGCCAUCCCAGGCACCUCGGAGCACAGCCACGGCCUUCCCUUAUGGCCAGCCAUAUGGAGAUACCAGCAGCCCUGUGGAAACAGCUGCGCAAACAGAGCCGGGUCAGCGCUCUGCAGGAUUACAGUGACGUGAGUGAUUCACCUGACAGUGGUCACUAUCCCACGGGGAGGAAGGCUAGUUUCAUGUCCCGAGGACUCUCUCAGACCAACCUGGACAGUCCUUCUGAUAGCCCGAACUCCGGGAGUGGGACGGACACAGAGGCCAAGCGUAUCGCCCAAGGAGAGAGCCCACCUAUGACCCCGCCUCCAGCCAGUGGACGAAGAAUGUCAAUGAGCAUGAUUCUGGAACUGUCUUCAAUCAUGAAAAAGUGAGAACUGGCUGAGUGACCAGAAGGAUCUGGGGACACUGAUUACGAAGAAACAUUCGCCUUCUAAUUGUAUUCAUAAUAACAUAUGUAUUGUGGAUGAGCAGUAAACGCAUUAGUAUAGUUACACUGAACAAAAAUAUAAAUGCAUCAUGCAACAAUUUCUAAGAUUUUACUGAGUUACAGUUCACAUAAGGACAUCAGUCAAUUGAUAGAAAUCCAAUAGGCCCCAAUCUAUGGAUUUCACAUGACUGGGAGUACGGAUAUGCAUCUGUUGGUCACAGAUACUGUACCUUAAAAAAAAAAAAGUAGGGGCGUGGAUCAGAAAACCAAUCAGUAUCUGUGGAAUGUUGUCUCCUCUUCAAUGGCUGUGCGGAGUUGCUGGAUAUUGACAGGAACUGGAACACGCUGUCAUACACAUUGAUCCAGAGCAUCCCAAACAUGCUCAAUGGGUGACAUGUCUGGUGAAUAUGCAGGCCAUGGAAGAACUGGAGGUCAGCUUCCAGGAAUUGUGUACAGAUCCUUGCAAUAAGGGGCCAUGUAUUAUGCUGAAACAUAAGGUGAUGGCGGCGGAUGAAUGGCACGACAAUGGGCCUCAGGAUCUCAUCAAAGUAUUGGUAGCUUAUGUCUACCCAUACCAUAAGCCCCUUCCAAUCUUGUUUUGGAGAAUUUAGCAGUGCGUCCAACCGGCCUCACAACCGCAGACCAUGUGUAACCACGCUAGACUAGGACUUCCACAUCCGGCUUCUUCACCUGUGGGAUCGUCUGAGACCAGCCACCUGGACAGCUGAUGAAACCGUUUCAGGGAAGCUCAUCUGCGUGCCCGUCAUCCUCACCAGGGUCUUGACCUGACUGCAGUUUGGUGUCAUAACUGACUUCAGUGGGCAAAUGCUCAGUUUUGAUGGCCACUCGCACGCUGGAGAAGUGUGCUCUUCACGGAUGAAUCCCGGUUUCAACUGUACCGGGUAGAUGGCAGACAGCAUGUAUGGCUUGGUGUGGGUGAGUGGUUUGCUGAUGACAACGUUGUGAACAGAGUGCCCCAUGGUGGUGAUGGGGUUAUGGGAAGAGAAAUUAACAUUCAAUUAUCUGGCAACAGCUCUGGUGGACAUUCCAGCAAUCAUUAUGCCAAUUGCAUGCUCCCUCAAAACUUGAGACAUCUGUGGCAUUGUGAUGUGACACAAAACUUCACAUUUUAGAGUGGCCUUUUAUUGUCCCCAGAACAAGGUGCACCUGUGUAAUGAUCAUGCUGUUUGACCAGUAUCUUGAUAUGAGAGCAGGUGGAUGGAUUAUAUGGGAGGAGAAAUGCUCACUAAGAGGGAUGUAAACAAAUUUCUGCACAUUUGAGAGAAUUAUUUUUUUUGUGCAUAAUGGAACAUUUCUGGGAUCUUUUAUUUCAGCUCAUGAAACAUGCGACCAACACUUUACAUGUUGCAUUUAUAUUUUUGUUCAGUGUAUGUUUGCUUGGGUAGUUCUAAUUUCAAAUUUUUGAUAUGCAAGAAAUAUCUGUGGCAUCAAAUGUAAUUGCAUUUGUGGAAUUUUAUAUUUUUUGUCAAAGUGAUAUGACUGCAAGCUACUUGUAGUGACAUUUUGCUAAAAGACAGUCUUCUCAUAAGAUGAGAAUUCAACAUUUUGAUUGAUAAUACAUGUAAAACAUUGUGGGAUAUGAUGAUCAAACCGAUCACUGGUGGGCGUGGCCAAAGAGCUUUAUUUUUUUCUCAUCUGACCAUAGCACCCGGUUCCAACCCAAGUGCCAAUGCCAUUUAGCAAACACCAGGUGUUUACAAUUGUUGGUUGCUCACAAUACAGGCGUUAAAAAAAAAAAUAGAAACCAUUCCAAAUAGCCUUUUGGCUUGGAGGUGGCGUUCUGUAACUCUCCAACUGUGGCUCUUGGACUUUUCUUUGCCUCCCAAACCAUCUUUCUCACUGUGCAAAGGGACAAGAAACACUUGGGUCCUCUUCUUAUGUGACUACUUUACACCUUAUUUCAAAUCUGAUAUGAUUUUUCAUCAGAUAGUCCAUAUACCUUUGAUUCAUUUCGAAU